GAUAUUGGGCUCUAGUUACCCAAGCCCAUUAAAAGAGGAACCCUAGGAUAAAACCCCACCAUUCGAUUCCUCCCUUCCUGCUUGCAAAUUUUAUCCUCAAAGCUCCGAUAACCCUUCCCUUUCCCAUCACACAAAACAAAGCAGAACAUAGCAGCCAUGCCAGGCCCCGUCAUCGAAGAAGUCGAAGCCGAGAAGAAGCUUAAGGAAGAUGAGCCUAUUGUUGAGGAUGUCAAAGAAGAAGACGACCACGAUGAUGAUGCCGAGGAUUCUGACGACGAUGAAGACGAUGACAAGGAAGAUGGCGUCCAAGGUGGUAAUUCUAAGCAAAGCAGAAGUGAGAAGAAGAGCAGAAAAGCAAUGUUGAAGCUUGGCAUGAAACCUGUUACAGGGGUUAGCAGGGUUACUAUUAAGAGGACUAAAAAUGUUUUAUUCUUCAUCUCAAAGCCAGAUGUCUUCAAAAGCCCGAAUUCUGAGACUUAUGUUAUAUUUGGAGAGGCUAAGAUCGAGGACUUGAGCUCACAGUUGCAGACACAGGCAGCUCAGCAGUUUAGGAUGCCAGACAUGGGAUCCGUGAUGGCCAAGCCAGAUGUUUCUGCCUCUACUGCUGCUGCAGAUGCAGAUGAGGAAGAAGAGGAGGUCGACGAGACUGGUGUUGAACCUAGGGACAUUGAUUUGGUCAUGACACAAGCAGGAGUGUCCAGGAGCAAGGCCGUCAAGGCUCUGAAGACCCACAAUGGAGACAUAGUCAGUGCCAUCAUGGAGCUGACCACUUAAGUAUUUUCAAGUAUUCACCUUUCAAUCCAUGCUCUAUGAUGAAUUUUGAAAGAACUCGUGAUCUCAUUCUAUUUUUGUUGCCCUUUUUAAUUGGCGAACGCCUUAUUGAGUAGUAGUGCGUUGUAGAACCUCAAUGGCCAAUAUCAAGAAAUGAAGGGCUUUCUUUAUUA